CACACCCCACCUUGGAGCUGCAGACCGUGCUUAUAACCGCGAUAGAGAACGCUCGCUUCAUCCGAGCUGCUCCAUCUCAACAACCUGAGCAUCAUCAUCUCAGUGGGCAUGUCAUCACAUUGAUGCUCAAACUCCAUGGGCUUUUUCACAUUCUCGCCAACAAAUCUCAACAGCAUGAGCGGCUCAUACUUCCUACCGCGGAUCAUGAUUGCACUGCUGGUGCCAUUGACCCUAGCAUCCUUUGCGCCGACUACGAGCCACCCAGAGCUGGGCACAGACGUGGGUCCACUGGUCAAGUCGAAGAAACCGCAGGUCUACCGAUCGAGCGACGUCUCGACGCAAGCCGCGAUGGAGGAGGCACAGAAAGCACGGGAGAUUGUAAGAAUUCAAGCCACUCGGCGAGGACAAAAGCUGUAUUUGAAGCGGAAAGAGGAGGGAGAUCAGCACUCUCGCUAGAUACGAAGGUAGUCUGCAACUUGUCCGACAGCGGUUC